AUGUGCCAAAUCUUCAUCGCCCUCGGUGGUGAAACCCUUGUUAUUGGCGACGAAAUGGCGGUUAUGGCGGCGGCCGACCGUGACGGUGUCCCAUUGCUGAUUGUCAUGAUCAGCCUGUCUUCAGGUAUCGGUCGCUGCGUUGGCUACGGCGUUGCAAUCCUCAUUUAUUCCAACACUUUCCCUCAAGCACUACUUCGGUCUCUUCCUGAGUCGGCACAGGCAGAUUUCACCACCAAUUACACUGGUGAAUCAGCUGUUCAGACGAUGUACCCUGUAGGCUCUGAGACUCAAAAUGCCAUCAACUAUGCAUGGGGCUAUAGUCAGAGGUACGAGUGUAUCACGGCAGCCUGUCUUCUUGUUCUUGCCUUCUCUGCAAUUGCUUUAUGGAAGAACUACAAUGUCGACAGGAAACAGGUGAAGGGCACAGUUAUCUAA